AUGGGAAAGAAACAGAAGUCGAAGCACAAUGAAUUCGACCUGGGUGAAGCUCAGGCUGCAGGUGAUUACUCAAUCAAGCCUUCCGAAAAAGCAGCUGUACUAGACACCUCCCAGUGGCCACUCUUGUUAAAGAAUUUCGAUAAACUGAACGUAAGAUCUAAUCAUUAUACUCCACUUCCGGAAGGUUGUUCACCUCUCAAGAGGGAUAUUAAGAACUACGUCUCUUCCGGUUGCAUAAAUUUGGACAAGCCAGCUAAUCCGUCAAGUCAUGAAGUGGUAGCGUGGGUCAAGCGAAUAUUACGAGUUAACAAAACUGGACAUAGUGGGACUUUGGAUCCCAAGGUGUCAGGUUGUUUGAUUGUUUGCAUCGAUCGAGCUACUAGACUUGCAAAAUCACAGCAAGGUGCUGGAAAAGAAUACGUAGCAAUAUUUCGAUUGCAUAACACUGUUGAGUCAGAAAAAAAAGUGAAACAAGCCUUAGAGAAAUUGACUGGCGCAUUAUUUCAACGUCCCCCGCUCAUAUCCGCUGUUAAACGACAGCUAAGAAUCAGAACAAUUUAUGAAAACAAGCUGAUUGAGUAUAAUUCGAAUCAGAAUAUGGGAAUAUUUUGGGUGAAAUGUGAAGCGGGAACCUAUGUGCGGACAAUAUGUGUACAUCUUGGCUUGCUUCUGGGAGUCGGGGGUCAAAUGCAAGAGCUGAGGAGAGUUCGUUCAGGUAUUUUUGGUGAAAAAGACAACUUGAUGACGAUGCAUGACGUUCUGGACGCACAAUAUCUUUAUGACCAUAACAAUGAUGAUAGUUAUUUGCGAAGAGUGAUCAGACCACUUGAAUCUCUCCUCGUGGGCCAUAAACGAAUCGUUGUUAAAGAUAGUGCUGUGAAUGCAAUUUGCUAUGGCGCCAAAAUACUUUUGCCGGGUAUUCUUCGGUUUGAGAAUGGAAUCGAAUUGAACGAAGAAAUUGUUGUCGUAACAACAAAAGGAGAAGCUAUUUGUUUAGCAUUGGCACUAAUGACCACAUCAACUAUGGCAGUGACGGAUCACGGGGUCGUCGCAAAAAUCAAGAGAGUGAUUAUGGAGAGAGAUACUUACUCUCGAAAAUGGUGUCUUGGUCCAAUUGCAUCCAAGAAAAAAGCUAUGAUAAGUCAAGGGUUACUUGACAAAUAUGGCAAACCAAAUGAAAAAACUCCGGCUGGUUGGCGUUCCGCUUAUUACGAUCUAAGUGACACCAACCCGAGUAACUGUAAACAAAUAUUGCCGGAAAAUGAGAAAAAAGAUUAUAAUAAUGAGCAGUCAAAAGAGAAGAAGAAAGUGGAAUCGUCGGAUUCAUCAACCGAUGAAGAAAGCGAGUAA